AUGCGGAACUGCCAGGAUAAGUUCCUUGACACCCUGGGCCCGGUCACCAAAUUGUAUGAGCUGCUGGAGACGGCUCAGUCGACUGGGGCUCCAGUUGACUUUGAGGUGGCGUUCGGCUGGCUCCAGCGCCUAAUUUGCAUGAUUGGCAACGCCAAUACGGCCAUGUCAACAGAGCGCAGGAAAGCCAUCCUGCUCAAGAUUGAGCCCAAGCUCGCAAGCAUGGCUUCUAAUGAGCCCGGUGCCUCCGCAAACGGCCUUCUAUUUGGAGAAUCCUUUGUAAAGGACCUAGGGUCUUACGUAAAGACAUUCACGGCCUUGGACAAGGCCCAAUCCUCCAUUAAGAGGGUAGGGGGCAGACUGACCCGGUUCACCCGGGCAUGGUCACUUAUCACGUCAGACAGUUGGGUGUUACAGACAAUAAAGGGCUACCAACUAGAACUAACCGCUCCCCCCAUUCAGUCCUCUCCCCCAAGGGCGAUUCACAUGCCAUCUGCACACUUAGAUCUCAUCUCUACGGAGAUCAGGGAAUUACAGGCCAAGAAGGCCAUAGAAGAGGUCCCUCUAGACACACCGGGUUUCGUAAGCAACCUUUUUCUAGUGCCCAAAAAAGGAGGCGGGGUACGCCCGGUUAUCAACCUACGGCCCCUGAAUGCCUUCAUACAAUACAGGCACUUCAAGAUGGAGGGCAUUCACUGCCUCAGAGACCUACUCCUACCCGGAGACUGGAUGGUCAAAUUAGAUUUGCAAGAUGCUUACCUAACGAUCCCGGUAGCCUCAAUUCACAGGAACCUACUCCAGUUCUGCUGGGAAGGCAAGAAGUGGCAUUUCACAUGCCUACCUUUCGGCCUGUCCUCCGCCCCGUGGUGUUUCACGAAAGUCCUAAAACCAGUGGUGGCCUUCCUCCGAUUACACGGAGUCCGCCUUAUCAUUUACCUAGACGACAUCCUAAUACUCUCCGGGACUCGAUCCCUCUUACUAGAACACUUAGGGUGGGCCCUACACCUCAUACAGAACCUAGGCUUCCUUGUAAAUUGGAAGAAAUCGGUUCUGAUCCCCUCUCAACAAAUGGAAUUCCUCGGAUUCCGUAUCGACUCCGUACUACAGGUUCUCUGCCUCCCAGCAGAGAAGAUGUCCAACAUCAAGAGGGAAAUAAAGAAACUUAUGCAACGGCCGGACAUAUCCCUACGCCAACUGGCACGGGUCAUCGGCCUGUUGGCAGCCUCUAUACAGAACUCUCUGGAACUGCUGGCGGCCUCGUUCGCCAUUCGCAGUCUGUCUCCCAGAGGCAUCUCAUGCUCGAUCCUCCUCAAGCUGGACAAUGUCUCAGCCGUAAGAUACAUAAACCAUCUAGGGGGAACCAGGUCUCGCAUCCUAGCGGUUUUGGCCAGAGACUUCUGGAACUACUGCUUACAAAACAGCGUGUCCGUUACCGCGGAACACAUCCCGGGCCUAGACAACUACACCGCGGACUGGAACUCCCGCUACCUGAGGGACUCGGGAGAUUGGAAACUGCUACCGACAUUAUUCCGCAGAAUCUCGUCCCUGUGGGGACCUUUGAGCAUGGAUCUGUUCGCAUCCAGACUCAACACACAACUACCGAAGUUCUGCAGCUGGAGACCAGACCCGGAGGCCGUAGCGACAGACGCUUUCCUCCAAGAUUGGUCCGAGGGCAGGGCUUACGCCUUCCCACCGUUCAACCUGAUAGCUCGUUGUCUGGCGCACCUCCGGCGCUUCAAGAGCUCAUUGGUACUGAUAACCCCGUGCUGGAGAUCUCAACCUUGGUUCCCACAUCUGCUGGAGAUGGCGAUAGACCACCCACGGCUACUGCCGGACCAUCCAUCGCUAUUGACCAACCCAGAUGGGGAAAACCACCCCCUGGUGGAACAGGGCCUUCUCCGCCUCAUGGCGUGGCUCCUUUCCGGGGACCCUGGGAGAUCACGGAGGUUUCGAACACGACUGUGCGGCUCCUGGCAAACGCAUGGGCACCUGGUACACGACAAGCCUAUGCUGCAGCAUGGAGACAGUGGGCCAAUUGGUGCUUGGGACGAUCAUUGGAUCCGAUAUCAGCCCCUGUGA